CUGGUUCUGGGCGGACUCUGCCGACGCCUCGCCCACUUAAAAGAGCGCCUUCUCCCACACGCCCGCCCACUGCUCACCCUCCCCUCCCUCGCUCCCGCCUGCACGUCCAAGGCGCAUCCACAAGGACGAGCUCGAGAUGGCCACUUACCAAGGUGACAAAGUCUCCACAUCCUCCGGCUCCGCAGAGGGUGGCAAGCGCCUUCCGGGCUACACCCUCGACGAGAAGCGUCGCGCGGCCCUCGCGGAAGUCGACAGCGCCAAGUUCUCCUGGUUCCACCUCAAGGUCUGCAUCGUCGCCGGUGUCGGUUUCUUCACCGAUGCCUACGAUAUCUUCGCUAUCAACAUCGCUUCUACCAUGCUGGGGUAUGUCUACCAGCAUGGGGCCGGUGCCCUCGCGACGAACCAGGAUCUCGGUGUCAAGGUCGCAACUCCCAUCGGUAACCUCGUCGGUCAGCUUUUGUUCGGUUGGCUCGCAGAUCUUGUCGGUCGUAAGAAGAUGUACGGUAUCGAGCUGAUGAUCAUGAUUGUUGGAACUUUUGGUCAAACACUUGCGGGCGAGGCUCACGCUGUCAAUAUCAUCGCGGUGAUCAUCGUGUGGCGAUUUAUAAUGGGCGUAGGUAUUGGAGGUGACUACCCUCUGUCGUCCGUUAUUUCGUCAGAGUUCGCGUCGACGCAUAUCCGUGGUCGUCUCAUGACCGCCGUCUUCGCCAACCAAGGCUGGGGUCAACUUGCCGCCGCCAUUGUUGCCAUGGUCAUCGUCGCCGCCUACAAAUCAUCCAUUAUACACGAUGACCCCACUGUGUUCCCCCACAUUGACCAGAUGUGGCGUCUCCUCAUUGGUCUCGGCUGUGUCCCCGGUGUUAUUGCCCUCUACUUCCGUCUUACCAUCCCCGAGACUCCUCGUUUCACCAUGGAUGUCGAGCGCAACGUCCAACAGGCUUCUCAGGACGUGGACAACUUCCUGACCUCUGGCACUUACUACGUUGACCCCGACGCCUCUAUUGAGCGUGUCCAGGCGCCCAAGGCUACCAAGCGCGACUUCUUCGCCUACUUCGGCAAGUGGGAGAACAUGAAGAUUCUCAUUGGUACCUCCUACUCGUGGUUCGCACUCGAUAUCGCGUUCUACGGCCUCGGCCUGAACUCGUCGAUUAUCCUCCAAGCCAUCGGUUUCGGUACCCCUGACAAGUCCCUUACCGGCGGUCUGAAGGCGUACACCAACCUCAAGAACGUCUGCGUCGGCAACAUCAUCUUGUCCGUUGCGGGCCUGAUCCCCGGAUACUGGGCCACCUUCCUCCUGAUCGACUCGUGGGGCCGCAAGCCGAUCCAGCUCAUGGGCUUCGCCGUCCUCACCAUCCUCUUCUGCUGCAUGGGCUUCGGCUACGACAAGUUGAUCGCGACCCCACCCGCGCAGAAGGCGUUCGUCUUCCUCUACUGCCUCACCAACUUCUUCCAGAACUUCGGCCCCAACACGACGACCUUCAUCAUCCCCGGUGAGGUCUUCCCGACCCGUUACCGUUCGACGGCCCACGGUAUCUCCGCGGCGAGCGGCAAGUUUGGCGCUGUCGUUGCCCAGGUUGGCUUCGCCCGUCUCAAGAACAUUAACGGCAACAACGCGUUCGUCGGACACAUUAUGGAGAUAUUCGCGUUCUUCAUGUUGACUGGCGUCUUCUCGACGCUGCUGCUGCCGGAGACGAAACAGAGGACGCUCGAGGACCUGUCGAACGAGAACCAGGAGGGCUUCAUCAAAGGCCCCGCAGAGCCAAAGCAAUCGCCGCGUGCCUAAACGCGCCCCUCUCUCCUCGCUCUUGUCAUCCGCGUCGUCUCUUCAUUCAUUCAUCCACCAUGCCCUAUCUAUCUCGUGUUUUCUCUAGUCGUUCGCUGGGAUGUAUUGUCGCAUAUUGUAGAUUUCUGUUGUAGUAGACUUGCUAUUGCGAUUCGCCGGCCUUCGAUGACCGUUGUCUCUGCCUGCAGGGGCGGGCGAGAUGGAUGUAUUGCUAGUAACUCCCGAUGCCUCAAAAGCUGUUUCAGUACGCACACCAAUAUUACUUUCUUUAACUCGGACUUCCUGGUUGUGCAUGUACGUCCACUCUUUUUCCUAGCAAUGCAUCGGCAAGUCGGACUUUGCAUCUCGCGUAGUUGAGGGGCGGGAGUGAACCAGA